UACAUUGUAACGUCAAAGCGACGUCUGAAAUAAGUCAAAAUUCUUUCCUAUAGAGAUUUAUUUACAAUGCCUAAAAGUGGUACCGAGGAUUUAACCAAAACCUCGGAUAGAAGACCGAGGAGUGGCAGCGAAGUCAGCCCUCGUGUCCCGUUGCAUUUUACCGUACACAAGCCUGGCUGCCACUUCGAGAGUUGCUGCGGCGUGUGCAAUCUGUUCCCGGGCGUGCUGCUGGUUGCCUUCUGCCAGGUGCUAGUGGGCUCUGUGCUUCUCACCCUCAUCCUGACUCACGGGAAGCAGUAUGACAAGAUACAUAACACUCCGGACUCGCAGAUAAUGAGUCUGGGCACGGGCGCCAUGCUGAGCGGAGUGACGGGCGCCGGCUUUCUCCUCAUCAUAGUUGCUCUGACGGAGAACUGCAGAGCUAUGCUGAUUUAUUUGCUGGUGGCGAUGUUUGUUCUGAUGGGAAUUGUUUCUCUGGCUGUAGCUAAAAUUGGACGAUCUUGUAUACGGUUUAAAGAUGCAUCAAAGAUAAAAGACGAACAGCAUAGAUUAGUAAACCUGGCUUGUGUUAGCGGAUUGUUCACGUUUUUCGGAGCAGUGCUCUAUUUCUUCUCUUUCGUGGUUGUGUUCAGUUUCUACCACUUCCGGUACGUGCGGCGCGCCAUACUCAUGCACGAGGCGGAGUGUGAGUGAACCCUUAUAUUUACAAUUGUGUAUUUAUUAAAACGAUGUCUCAGUUAUUAAAAUAUUAAUGAAUAA